UGAAGGUGGCACAAGCCCCACCUACUCAGUGCCUCAUGACCUCAUGUUGCGGGCUGGGCCUUGGAUCACCCCGCCACUAUAUAACGUGGGCGACCAUCUCUGUUCUUCACUUGACUUCAACCGUCGCAGCUUCACUAUGGCUCUCAAGGUUCUUGUAGUGUCUGCCCUUGUGGCGGUCACCCUCGCCCUACCUGAAAAUCGCCCUGUCAGGACCUACGGCGUUCCUCCUCCCCCCCCACCUCCUCCUCCACCAACCUACGGUGCUCCACCUCCUCCACCACCCCCUCCCCCACCUCCUCCACCCACCUACGGUGCCCCACCUCCUCCUCCACCCCCUCCCCCCACCUACGGUGCUCCAGCUCCUGCCCCAGCUUACGGCACCCCCGCACCAGUGUCUCCUCCUAAAUACGACUUCAGCUGGGAAGUGAAGGACCAUUAUGACACAGACUUCGGCCACCAGGAGACCCGUGACGGCUACGACACCCAAGGCUCCUACUACGUGCUGCUUCCCGACGGUCGUCUGCAGAAGGUGGACUACACUGUCAACGGAGACUCCGGCUUUGUGGCCGAAGUGACUUUCGAGGGUGACGCUAAGUACCCAGCACCCCAGCCCUCCUACACCCCAGCUCCUACCUACGGCCCCCCUGCCCAAACCUACCAACCAGCUCCUCCUAAAUACGACUUCAGCUGGGAAGUGAAGGACCAUUAUGACACAGACUUCGGCCACCAGGAGACCCGUGACGGCUACGACACCCAAGGCUCCUACUACGUGCUGCUUCCCGACGGUCGUCUGCAGAAGGUGGACUACACUGUCAACGGAGACUCCGGCUUUGUGGCCGAAAUUCUUGCAGUGUCCACCCUUGUGGCGGUCACCCUCGCCGUGCCUGACAAACUUCCUGCCACGACCUACAGUACCCCAGCUCCUGCCCCUAUCUACAGUGCCCCAGCUCCUGCCCCCAUCUACAGUGCCCCAGUUCCUGCCCCCAUCUACAGUGCCCCAGCUCCUGCCCCCAUCUACAGUGCCCCAGCUCCUGCCCCCAUCUACAGUGCCCCAGCUCCUGCCCCCACCUAUGACACCCCCGCACUAUUGGCAUAUCCUAAAUACGACUUCAGCUACGCCGUGAAGGACGACUACUACGGCAACGACUUCGGCCACCAAGAGUCCCGUGACGGUUACAACACUAAAGGCAACUACUACGUGCUACUCCCCGACGGUCGCAAGCAGAGGGUCACCUACACUGUCAACGGCGACUCCGGCUACGUGGCCGAGGUGACCUACGAGGGUGAGUCUCAGUACCCAGCACUCCAGCCCUACGACACCCCAGCUCCAGCUCCUGUCUACGGACCCCCAGCUUAAAUUUACUAGCCAUCCCUGAUUGAGUGAUUGAUUGUGGUAAAUACAUUCCUGGCGAAACAGCAGCUUAAAUCAUAUGUCGCUGAAUUAAAAUAUAAGAUAAGAAGAAUCAAAUCAAAUAAUGCAAUGUAAAAAACAUAAAUAAUAAAGUCCCGACUUGCGCAUAACCUCAGCAGAAUGAUAUAACCAUAUUUAAGAAUUAUAUAUUGAUAAUAAACCUUGCUUCUUAUAACAAUGUUAAUAAAAAAAAAGAAAUAGCA